UUCCCUCAGAAGUCGAGCAUAUUCUGAAAUUCUGCGUUUUAACUGUUGCUGUUAGAACAUUUUUCUUUUGUUAGCUAGCAAUGGCAAUAUUCUGGAAUGUUAAAGAUGAAACAAAUCAUCAUCUAACACAGUAGACAUGGCCACAGAAUCUCAGGUAGGUAUAUAAAUGAUGCCACCGCUAAUGCAGUUGCGGACAUAUUGGGUGUAAACAAUGACGUUGAUGCGAAAUUCGCGUGAAAGCAAGACGAUUUUUUUGCAAAGUUGAAUACUAUACAUCGAUACCCGGACGUUUAUGAAAAGUGAAAAGUAUAAGGAAUUAAUAUUACUCUGUUUAGCAGACUUGAUUUCUUCAUGAAAAACCAAUUCAUCCAAGCUUAUAUACAAUACUAUACUGCAUGAUAUUAUUGGCUCAACCUGUUCAUAUUAUUAAUAUUAAUAUUUCGGCCAUUUGGGAAAAAACCUUUACGAAGGAAAAAUCUAGAAUAUUCCGACUUUAGAACUAUAAAGCUCUUGCUUGCUAUUAAUAGGACUGAAAUGUGUGUAUGUCACAGACAGCUGUAUCAGACAAGCAUACGCGUUGACUCUGCGUAUUUCCGCACGCAAUACAAAUACAAAACUUGGGUCUUUGCAAGCUAUAUUUUCCGCAUUUUACAACAUUUUACAACCAAACUUCAGUCGCAAUUUUACUAAUUUUAGUAUGUUCUUUCUAGCUGUGUCGAUUUAUUUGAAUCUCUUUGCUUGCCUAGUUUUAAAAUUAGUCUAUAAUGGGAAUUGUCUAUUGCUUUGUGAAAAGCCUUUUGAUAUUAAACGAGUGCAUAUUGAAAGCUGAAAUCAGUUAUUUGUCUCAUAACUGUUAUCAAACGCUUGGAUUAUCGAAUCGGUCGAUGAAGUCGAAGUAUUUUUUGGCGAAUUAAUAUAUGUAAUAAUAGAUCAAUAUAUAAAGUUACAUCGACAUUGUCAUUGUAAUAUUACGUAACUCACCCUCACCAUGCAGAUAUUGCCAGUGGCAUUACUGGCAAAUUUAUGCAUUUUUAAUUUAACCACCAUUAGUCAUAGGAACGAGCACGUUUUCUAACGAGUACAAUUUACCUGAAAUAUACUCGUAUUUUUCUGUUUUUCUCUAUUUGAGUCUUUUGAACCAAGUGGAAACUUGGCCGUCCCCAAAAUUAGCAUGUACAGGUAUACUUCCAGGCCAAAGCGUGAAUGGUGGCACUUGGGCAGUGCAAGAGAUCAUGUUUGAAAUUUUCUCGGCUUAGACUUAGGCCAGUGUCAAACCGGUCGAACUUUUCAUGCGCCGAACCUAAUGUUAACGAGCUAAGUUCUUUGUUUCACUUCAUUUGCACUUGAUUAGGUUCGGCGCAUGAAAAGUUCGACGCGUGACCGUGGCCUUACAGUCUUAGACUAAGUGAAUGCAUUUGGAUGAUUCAUAUAGGUGAAUGGAGAGCACUGACACGCACACUGAUCGGGAAAAAUCAGAGCUCGAACGAACAAACAGGUGCGAAACAAUCAGUGAUCAAACAAGCUUAGAACAAGGCGAUUAUAGCGGUAUAACAGUUGAAAUAUCUGACCAUUCUUCACGAAAAAGACGAACGGUCCAUCAAUUGAGUGACGAGGAUAUUAGUACUCAUGAGAAGAAGAGAAACUACGAACUUGAAGCAUCUGUUCAAUCACUUGUCUUACAACAGAAAGAAACCACUUUUGACACUGAAAAGCAACAAGACGAUUUAAAACAAACCUCUCCUCAUAGACAUAUCCAUAGGCAUAGGCCUAGACCAAGCAAUACAAGUCCAAAGAAAGGGUUACUCCAGCGUCAACAAGGGCAAGAGGCAGAGAUAAAGCAGGCUACGUGUCAAACAAAAGAUAAAGCAGAUAUCAAAAGCAGUUCCAGCAGUGAGAUAGCAACCACUGCCACUGGUAAACAGUCAAAUCCAGUACUAGAAAACCUUGUUCAAACUUUAUUAAAAUAUCCCAGUUUGUUUCAAAAAGACGAAGACGGGGAUACGUGAGUAUACAUCUCUUCACUUUAAUAUUUUAUAUUUAAAAAUAUACUAUUUUAUACUAAUUUAUACUAGUCUAAUAUUCGUUCAUCUCAUGCAGAAGGAGUUGUGUAUUAAAGGAAUGCAGAUAUCAGUACAAUAUGUAUUAUGACACAAUUCGCUUUUCAGUCAUUAUUUAAUCAGUAUGAGACUCCACUGUCACUGACAACCUCAACAAACAAAAAUACUUAUUAUUAACAAUAUAUAAUUUUUUAAAACCACAAACCGCUGAAAUAUAUAUAUAUAAUGUAGAGUCCAUUGAAAUACUUUAACAAUUUAAAUUGUAUUUAAAUACGAUCAAUUACCAUUUACAUUCUUUAAUUUCCGGUUACUGGCAUAUGCAUAAAAAACAUUCUGAGUCACACAUAGCCUCCUCCGCAAGCAUCUGAAGCCGAGAAACCCAUGUGAUCACGGGAUGCCUGCGGAGGGCUACACGGAAAUAUGAUUUCGGCCGUCUUUACGGCCACUGUACAACAGUUAAUAUGUCCAAAUAAGAAAGAAUGAUAAGAAUGUUGCAAUAUACUUCAUCUCGGUUUCAAAAAACAGUGGCAUGCUGUGUAUGCUUGGCAUGGCGGCAAACCUACAUUAGAAUAUUUUAUAUUUAUCAUAUUUAUGUAGUAUUUACAUGUAUUUUUACAUUGAAACCAUUUAGGAUUCUACACUUGGCUAUAGUUCACAAAAAUAUCAAUUUAACAUUUGCAACAAUAUUGGCUAUGGUUAGAAGAAAACAGGAGAAUAACAAGGUCAAGGGGAUCGACAUUCAAAACGAAUUACUUCAGGUAAAAUGACCCUUCUCAUAUGCGUCUCUCUAUUUCUCUUUGUCUAAGGUUCUUAUACAGGAAAUGAAUCUUGUGAAAGGUUUAUGUUUUAUUUCUGGAAACUGUCAUUGGUAUACACUACUUUUUAUGAAAGAGAGGAACGAGGAAUUGAGAGGAACGAUCCUAUACCGAUCUUGGGCUAAGAAACAGACCACAAGCUCCCUGGUAUGAUAAGCAGGACAUCAGUUACCACAAAGAAGAAAAAAAGGCAACGAUUAAAGGCAGAAAGACCUGACAGAUGACUAAAUUGACAUCAAACUUUUAUACGUAUAAAGAAGGGCAUGCAAUACGUUGCAACUUUAACGAAAUUUAUACUUAUGAAAAAAUGACUCUAAAAGUGUAUCAACAACGUGUUUUCUUAUAAGUUGUAAACUUUCAUAACACGUUCAAUUCGCAAUUAGCCUGCGGGUCGGUUUAUUCACAGAAAGCCGUACUAAAUCCAGGACAUUCCCUCUUCAAUGACAGAGCUCAACAAAGUCAUUUAAAAUGUCUCCUUUCUGUUCAAAUUAAUCGACUUGCAAAAGAUGCAAAAGAAGUACAGCUUAGCUAUUCACGGCCUCUGGAAAACUUUUCCCAAUGGAUGAUUCCAGCUAUAGACAAACUUUUGACCUAGACUUAUACUGUCAGGCCAUCAUAAUAUCCACCGUGAAGGCGUAAUGUUGAGCACUUUAAGGUAGCAGUUGCAAGCUGUAACCCAGAAACAGCAGCCAUUAAUUUUAAACGAGGACCUGCUCACAGCUUGUAAAGGUGCAACACUUGAAUUAAUUAAGCGACUAAACAGCAGGUGAUAGUCCCAUCCUUGUAUAAAUAUUGAUAACUGUGCCAUAUGUCUAAGAUGUAUCUACAAAGAUGUGAAGGUCUGAGAUACCGAAGACCUGGAAGUUCCAAAAGUUCUUUGAUCAAACCAUUGAUAAUUCCAGAUGCUUCUAUUGAAUACCUCUUUCACAUUCUAGUUACAACUCUUCUUCUUUUCUCACAAUUUGUUCUAGUUGAUUAGUCUCUUGUUCAACUCAUGCCGGCUACUUGAACCACGUCUAAACAGUAUCCUUACAGUGCUUACACAAUUCGUUCGGUUUGUAGUCGAUCGGUUAAUAUUCUUCUAACUAUCCAUAUUUUUUACCCAGAGUGCUGCUACUACAUGCAAUCCUUUCUUUCGGUAACGUAUAGUGGGCCUGCAUAAUCCAUUCCCAUAACCCGAUGCGUGGUUGUUGGUAAGUUCACUGGAGGAGGCGUAGCGUAAGCGAAGAAAUUAAGAAAAAGUUGUACGUCGAUGAUUUUGGUAACUGGAAGAACUUCGGUACAAGAAGUGCACGAAAAGAAGUCGAAUUAUUUUAAGAAGUUUCUUUCCAUUUACACAAGUGAAAAUCAAACGUCAAAGAGUUGGAACAAAAUUAACAAUCAUAAUAAUAGUUAGUGAUAAUAGUUAGUGAUGACACCAGUUUUGCGAAACAACAAUUGAACGAUAAAUAUAGAAAACAGGCAAGCUACUUGGUCUGAAAUGGGAUAAAAAGCAGUUCAAAAAGGAGACUUCUGUACAGAGAAGCUUGCGAGCAAUAGUGCAAUUAAGUGCGACUCAAAACUGCCUGACGAAUUGGCUACACGUUGGGUGCCGAUGCUUGCAAAACACUUCCCUCUUCUUGCAAACUUGCAAAACACUUCCCCCUUCAAAUUAAGCCAAGAAGAUCUAUAUACCACUUGCUCAAAAACCGGCUAUUCAGAGCGAAACACUUCACUGAAGCUUCGGCUUCGGCAAUGCAACUGGUGAUGAGGUAUAGGUAGAGUGUGUACGUUGUGGUCACUCAAGAAACCUAAGUGAAUCAAGAUUUGUUUGUGCGAAAGCAAGACUUGCCGAGCUGCUUGGGUAUACCUAGAGGAGAAUUGCAUUGAAUUUUCGAAUGAAGGGUUUCUUGAAAAAAUUUUGAACUAAAGCUAAUCGCAAUAAAAAGAAUUUAGUACAAGCGCUCGUUUUUAGAUGCUUCGAAAUAUUAAUCUUCGAAGUCCCUUGGGGACUUAAUUAAGUACGUUGUUGUUUAAAACUUUACAAUCACCGUUCAUAAUGCCAAAGCUAACAAUUCCGGAAAGAACAUUCAUUGUUGAAAAGUAUUUUGAAACAAAAAGCGUUGUUGCAGUGUUACGACAAUUUCAAAUAGCUUUUCCAGGACAUAAUCUUCAUCGAGCGUUUGGCGUAAUGUCAACAAAUACCGACUGCAUGCAUUGAAUGGAAGAACCACCCCAUAAAGUUUAAAUCGAAAUACAGGGAACUCGGGAAGAAGAAGAGUUGUCUUGGAUAUGAGACAAAGAACGAACUUGUGUGAAAUGGAGGCCACGUUGAGUAAAUGUGUACUUCCAACUUAUUUUUUGGAACGUUUAAAUAAAUUGUGAAUUCAGCACAUCUACGUUUUUUUAAUUUUCCAAUUGCACUUACUUAAAUUGACACAGCUCUCCAGCAAUAACUCCAAACUUUAUAAAAUAAAGUAUAUAGAAUAGCUGAAAGAUCGCGAUUUCGAAAGAAUGCAAGUAUAAUGUAGAAUGUAAGUAACUUUCAUAUUCGCUUUGAAAUUUACACUUUAUGUGAGGACUCCGUUUUUUAUGAUACACCCUGUAGAACUCCACAUUUAUAUCUUUGCAUGUUCACGUUUAGUAAACAAUAGCCGUUUUAUUGUCAUUUUCGCCAAAUCAACCAAUAGACAUAGUACAUUUAUUCCCCUAUAAACUGUUUCGUCUCCCAUCGCGUUUCGUCCCCUGUGGCCCUAAUAAAACGUAUAACAUGGUUAGAAUUCUCUGUUAUCGGUAAUAAUAAAAUUUUAAAAAUAUUUCGUAUUACUACAAUCCAUAAAAAAUACAGGUUUUCACAUUCACUCCACAUUCCGCAAAUGCAACGAAAUGCAAAAGUGUCUGACCGCGUUUACAUAUAUAUUAAUGUGAUUAAUAUAUUUGAAAGAGUCCAGAUGGACGAAUUCAUGUGGCAAGAGGGGACGAAACGUCCAUAAAUCAAACGAAAUCACUGCUAUUGGUUAGUAUAGUGAUAGGCGAGAAAAACAACACACACGUGACGAUCAACCUUUUCAAAAACAUAUAGAUGAUGAGUUCUAAAAAUUUUAUCCAGUUUCAAAACCGUUAAUUAUUGUAAUAUUGCCAGUGGGAUAGCAGGAAUGAGUAACAAGCCAAAUAUUAUCAAUUUCUCUUUCAGACUCCGCUACAUUUGGCUGUACUGACAUGUCAACCUAGUAUAGUAGAAUAUUUAAUGCUACACGAAGCAGACGUAAACGCCAUUGACCGCAAUGGUCAAACUGCUUUACAUUUAGCAUGUAAGAAUGCCGACGUUGAAGAUAUACACGCACUGAGAAAGAUUACUCCUAAAGACAGUGAAAAAUCAAUUAAUGUUGAUUUGAAAAAUUUUGAAGGUAAUAAAGUAAAAAACUAUGGAUACAUAUAUAUAUAUGUAACUUGUUGACGUUACUUUUAUAUCUUUGAUAAAUUGUCCAUAUCCAUGAGGUUUUCCGCUCGACCUUGAGUACUGAAUAUAAUUUGCCAAACAGCAUAGAAUUCAAUAUAUUCCUCAAUUUUCCAAGAUUCUUCCUGACCUAUAUAUAUCCAGGGAUGGAUAUAUAUAGAUCAGAAAGAAUCUUGGAAAUUUAUCGCACCACGGGACCAUUUAGUUCUAGAAAAGUCCCCAGAAUAUUUUUGGAUAGAGAGAGAGAGAAAGAAUGAAAGAAAGAAAAGAAUGAAAAAUAAAGAAACAAAGAAACAGAAAAAAUAAGAGAAGGGAGUGAGAAAUGGAUGAACUAAAUUGCAGUGCAGAUGUGAGGUCAACAAGGGCUUGAAGGACAAAGCAACCUCGUCCCCAGGGCCUAGGUUGAGGACAAAGGUGUUUAUUUAGUACAAAUUUAAUUACACAAUUUUUUGUUCUGCCAUUGACAGUUGUCACAGAAAGAAAUUAGUCUUAAACAAAUUGAUUAGUUUAGAGAGAUAUCGUAUUUUCACAAAAUAUAAUUUGAAAAUGGAUCUAUACAUACUUCUACAUUAUUAACUGUGAUAUGAAUCUUUUACAAAUAUUUGAGAAAACUGUUACCAGGUUUAGCGCCAAUUCAUCUUGCAACUUUGUCUGGAAGUUGUGAAGUGAUUGAACAGUUGUUGGAAAUGGGUGCUGAUGUCGACCUGAAGGUGAGAGAAAAUUAUCAUGAAAAGUUUUAUAAUAUUUAUUUAACAAAUAGAUAACAUUUUGCCCGUUAUCUGUUCAGAUACACAGUAUGACGUCAUAAUGUGCAUGGUAAGUGGGUCACUGAUAUUGUUACCACCUCCUCUGCGUAUCUAUAACAGACAACAGCAAAAUGUAUCCAUUUGCUUUAUAUAAUAAAAUUGAAAAAUCAACACAUCUUAGCUCGUAUCGAAACAACGGAAUGAUUUAUAUCCAUUUGACGUGAUCUAUGAUCUAUACAUGAUAACGCAGGUCGUUGGUACCUGAUGCUUUAAAAAAACAUGCUGAUUGGCUUAAAGAUAUUACGUAAUGGCAUCAUCUGUGCGUCUGUCCUCUAUAAUGAUCAUGGCUCUCGUCCAAUGAAAAGCAGAACUGAGUUUAUUAUAUAAAAUGUUGUCAUUGACGUAGACAUGUUUGAGUCAUAAUGUGCAAAACCACUUUUCUUUGUUCCUAUCUUCGAUGUCGUAUUACUUAAAGAAUUUGAAGAAGUUCAAGAUUCAAGAAUAUGAAGGUCAGUUUUUUCAAGACGCACCCGAUCUGUGACGAUCGAAAGCAGCCGGAAACAAAAACAGCCCGAAAAGUUAUGUUUCGUCACGUGCUCACAAAAGUUUCGGAUUGCCCUGGUCGGUAACAUGCAAACGAACUAAACACUGAUGAAGUUAGGGAAGAAGCUUCUUCCACCUGAUUAAUACGCUGGAAUAAAAAUGAAUUUCAAACACUCCUUUCAUUUGUUGUUGUAGUCACACUGGCCAUUUCUACAUACCAUUUCUUGUGGCAGGCAAUACAAACUCCUGAUGGAUUAUCUGGUGCUGUUCUGACACUCGAACAGUUAUUCAAAAAUAAAGAGCUUAUGAAGUGAUGCACUGAAAAUAUGUUGUUGUGUAUACAGGCUAUAGACAAUUGCUCUGCGUAGACUGUGGAGAAUUAUACUUUGCUUGCCCAAUGAAUGGAAGCUACAGUAUAUAGUCAAUAUUUGUAAAUGAUAAGCUCUAGCCAAUCUUCGUCUCAAUGCCACCGGUUCGUGCAAUUCAUUUACAAAUCCCUUGCCUAUGUCGUUUCAAUGGUUGAGACAUUUUAUUUGGUCAACAUUUAAACAUAGUUUGGUCAACUAUACUAAAAAUUUCUCACAUUAAGCGUUAACUAUAGCUUUCUUUAAUACACGUUUCCGGAAAGCAAGUCAUCUUGGCUGUAGAGCCUCGUUUUCGUAAUUGAGACGUGGGCUUUACCUGAUACACGAAAAUGAGGCUUUGUAGCCAAAGUGACGUACUUCCCGCAAGGGUGUAUUGGCAUAAAUAUUCCGAUAGUUUAUUCACAUUCGGCUUCAAAAAUAAUUAACACUUUUGGCGGAGAAAGUCGCGUUAACCCUUUAAGUGGCAAUGCGCCCAAAUGCGCCCUACUUUAUUAUUUUACUCUGUUUAACACCAGGUUAUUUUACUGUCUAACGCCAGACGAUUUUACUCGUCAGGGGGAGAGUGCUGCCACUCAGUGGGUUAAUGAUUAUUAUAUAAUGAACGGGAUCUACAUGUAAGAAUAACCGUACAUUUUGACAAUGAAUUGGAAUCACACAUGUUUGAAUAUCCUUCUACUUUAAUUUCUGCUCUUGUAGGACAGUAAAAGCGGACGAACAGCUCUACAUCAUGCGGUUGAAGCUCACAAUCCUAUUGUAACCAGAUUCCUGCUCUUAAAAGAUGCCAAUGUAAAUGCACAAACUUUUGCUGGGAAUACACCGUUGCACACAGCCAGCGGUCGCCGUAUGGAGAAUAUUAUUCAUAUCUUGUUAGAAUUUGGAGGUGAUCGGAAACUGACAAAUUUUGAGGGUGAUCUUCCUAUUCCAGAAACUUAUUUGGUACGUUUAGUUUAAUAGACAAUUCCCAUUAUAGACUAAUUUUAAAACUAGGCAAGGAGAUGCAAUCAGCUAACACCUGUUAAUUUAUAUCCCGAUGCAGGGGUGAGUGAGGGGGGUUGUUAAAAAAUAAAAGAAAUAUUGUGGCACUUGUUUGCAAAUAAAGCAUCCCUGCCAAACGGGAAAUGUUUGUCAAAUAUUGGAGUUUUAGAUUGUGUAAAAUUCAAUGCAAACAAACGUUCUAGCUCUUAUAAUGUGUAUGUUAGAAAAUUUAUUUUCGUCAUACAUUAGAAUCGCAACAUGUAUAUAUGUCUGGGGGGGGGGACUAUUCGGGAUACCCUGUACACUACAAAGUCUAUGCUAUGCUAUGCUAUGCUAUGCUAUGCUAUGCUAUGCUAUGCUAUGCUAUGCUAUGCUACAUUGGGCUGUGGCGUGAAUGUUGUGUCAUGUUUCAUUUACUAUUUAGAUCUAUUUUAUUUCUUAGCCUUAUUCAAUGAUAAGAAAAAUUGCACAAAAAUCAAAGGAAAAGAAGUAACAACAUUUAUUGUAAUAUAAGUAUGAUAUGUAAAUUUGUACCAAACUUAAUAUAGAUUUAAUAUACUUCUAAACUUUUAGUAUAUGUAUAUAUCUUCUACUUCAUGCACAUUUUUAAAAGGGCGACAGACGACGGGCUCCUCAAAGAGGGUACACAAUAGGGAUGGCAGGCUCAUUAAUUUUGCCCAAUUCAGCUAGUAUCGGGAAGGUAACUGUGAAUUUCCAGCCAAUUAAAUUGCAACGAAAUUUCUCACAUGCCAAUAUAUGUAGAAGCGCCGAGCCAUGUUAUGUAGAAACAUAUUCACAUACUGUACUGUACUGUACUGUACUGUACUGUACUGUACUGUACUGUACUGUACUGUACUGUACUGUACUGUACUGUACUGUACUGUACUGUACUGUACUGUACUGUACUGUACUACACUGUACUGCAUUGUAUUGUGCUGUGCUGUACUGUAAUGUGGCAUGACUUAUAAUAUAUAGCAUGGCCCACCCGUUUCAUGCCACCGAUAUUUUUCAUUCUUAUUCAUGUCUUUGUUGCCUGUUGUAUGGGUACCUUCCAGGGCAGUGCAACAGAAAUCUUUAACAAUCUCUAACCUUCAGAAAUUAGGAACUGUCGUGCUUUAAAUGAUUUUAAAUGAACUGCUAGAGCACAUUAUAUUUCUAUUGCGAAUGAAAGACUAUAUACUACUUGAUAAUUUAAAAAAACUAACUGUGAAACAAAAUAAUUGUGUUCGUAGUAUCUUCUUUGUAAACAAUAGACAAUCUGCAUCAUCUUAUUAGUUAUUAUUAUCAAUUAUUUGAAAUAUUAAAAUUUGAAAAUAUUGUCAAAUUAAAAACUGCUAUAUUAACACAUAAAUUGUUUGUCAACCCUUCAAGCGUUCACUCACUAUUUGAUAACUUUUUAAUGCCUGUGAAAAAUAUUCAUAGUUACAAUACAAGGCAAUGCAAGGCCUUUCGAGUACGCUGCUUCAGUGUUAUGGGA